UGUACUUUAACAGGUAUAGGAAAGGUUUUGAAGUACAUCCUAAUGAAUAUGCUGGGAUAAAUUUAUCAACUCUACUAGUAAUAUCAGGUGAAACAAUGGAAAUGAGUCAGGAACUCAAGAAAAUAGGGUUUACUUUAAAUCACUUGAUUGGUCAGAAGGGUGGUUUUGAGUCUCUCUCUGAUUACUGGGAUGUAGCAACAUUCUUUGAGAUGAGUGUACUUGGUGAAAACUAUGCAAAAGUGUCUCAAGCUGCCAUGUGUAUGUUUAGACUGAAUCCUCCAAAUUGGUAUCUAAAGUCUACCAUUGGCAAUAUUAAGCUAAUUAGCAAGUUUCGGAAAUCAGAACCAGAUCCAAGUAAUUACUCAAAAUCUGAAAUGACGCAAUUUCAUUUCUGGAUGGAAUUUUUUGUUGAUGCAGUGGAAGAAGUUAUAACUUUCGUUCAAUUUCCGUGUUUAGUCCUGGAACCAAACAGAGUAUUUCUACCCAGCUAUAUACAAGUUAACAACAAUGAUGAAAGAAAGAAUGUGCAUUUGUGGAAUAUCAAGGACCAGGAUGGUAAACAAGGUGGUGAAUGGACUUUUGAAGUGGACACAAUUAAAAAAAUUAGUCAAUUUAUUCCUUAUAAGAAAAUUGUUCUUCAUGCUAAUUCAUGUUUUGUCCUGUAUGCAAGUUGGUACAGGCAAAUAGAAGAAUGUAUUCAAACCGAAAUAAGAAAAAUGAAGAUUAAAGAAUGAGGUACCUUAUGACAA